AUGGACCUCGACACUGGCGACUCCCCGUGGGGCGAUGAGCCCUCGCAGUUCAAAACCGGCAAUGACACACCUAAACCUGAUGGUCAAGAGAGCGCUCCUGCCCACCCCGCACCGUCUGAGAACCGCGCAGAGGUUCGAACUCCUGGAAGAAGAGGCGGAACACGAAAGAUCAGCGCUCAAGCGACGCGAUUGGAAGCCGUGGAUAAUUCAGUCGACCCACUGGGUCCGCUUGCUGAAGCGACCAACGAGGCCAGCGUAACACCCUCCGACGAGGCUCCUGCACCUCCACAGAAAGAAUCUCUUGCUGAACGCAACCCCCAGUCGUCCCUGGCUUUCUCCCAUAUCCCUAGUGCAGGCGCCCUGGCAGACUCUGUCAGCCUGGAUGACGAUGGUGCCAGUUUCCGUGGUCCUCCGCCCGUACAGUUACCGGUGGAAUUCGAGGGACCGAGACGACAGUCGCAACCUAGCAUGAGCAUAGAGCAAGCCUCAAAACCGACUUUUGAUAUUCAUGUGGGGGAUCCGCACAAAGUGGGAGACCUGACCAGCAGUCACAUUGUUUACCAAGUUCGGACAAAGACAUCGUCCAAAGCAUACCGUCAACCUGAAUUCGCUGUCAGCCGUAGAUACCGUGAUUUCCUCUGGCUAUAUACCUCCCUGCACAACAACAACCCGGGUGUCGUUGUUGCUCCUCCACCUGAGAAGCAGGCCGUUGGCCGAUUUGAUACUAACUUUGUUGAAUCAAGACGAGCUGCAUUGGAGAGAAUGCUGAACAAAAUUGCCGGUCAUCCGAUUCUUCAACAUGACGCGGACUUGAAAAUCUUCCUUGAAAGCGAAGCUUUCAAUGUUGACGUUAAAAACAAGGAGAAUCGAGAGCCUGAUCUUGGUCAGAGUAAGGGUAUGCUUAGCUCACUCGGCAUUUCUGUUGGUGGAGGCACCAAGUUUGUCGAGCAUGACGACUGGUUCCACGACCGAAAAGUUUACUUGGAUGCUCUGGAGAACCAAUUGAAGGGAUUAAUGAAAUCGAUUGAUAUUGUCGUUGCGCAGCGGAAGGGGCUUUCUGAAGCAGCAGGUGAUUUCUCGAGCUCGCUUCAUGCUCUUGCUGCGCUCCAACUACGAAUUCGAGAGCUAUACGAUCGCCAGGCGCAGCAAGAUGUUCUGACUCUGGGCAUCACCAUUGACGAGUAUAUUCGUCUAAUCGGCAGCAUCAAGACUGCCUUCUCUCAACGACAAAAGGCCUUCCACAGCUGGCACGCUGCCGAGUCUGAUCUUCAGAAGCGCAAGAAUAACCAGGAGAAGCUGCUCCGUCAAGGCAAGAGCCAGCAGGAUCGCUUGAACCAAGUCAACGCAGACGUUGCGGAUGCAGAGCGUAAAGUACACCAGACACGCCUACUAUUCGAGGAUAUGGGCCGGUUGAUGCGAAAUGAGCUACAGCGAUUUGAGAAGGAGAAGGUGGAGGAUUUCAAGUCUGGCGUGGAGACGUUUUUGGAGAGUGCCGUUGAGGCUCAAAAGGAGUUAAUCGAACUAUGGGAGACCUUCCUUCUUCGCCUGGAUGCUGGAGAGGAUGGCGUUCCAUACUACAUGCCAAUUGUUGAAGCCAGUCAGCACACAGAGGCCUCCGUGCAGUCUGAGGAUCAACCCACCGAUGACGACGAAGCAUGA